GUUCAGGCUCAAAGCACAUUCCUGGUUGGCUGGCCAUGCAGCAGAUCACACUAUGCCACUGGGACGAAGAGGCUGUGAACAAGCUCUCAACCAUGAAAACAGGGCCUGGGAUUGGGUGUUCUCCAAGUGGGGGAGCAGUCAGUGGUAGCAGAAUUUAGCAGAGUCUUAGUGGGGCCUCACCCGUAAUUUCUGCCCAUAAUUUCUAAAAGCCGUAACCUGGAAAUUCACACUGCUCUCCUAGCUCCUUUUGAGUGCAAAAUGCUUCUCAGUUUACUACAAGGAGAAACCUCUGCCAUCUGGAAAGUCUGGGCCAAAAGGUGUAAUUGGACACAAUACCUUUAUUUUAUUUAUUUAUUUUUAUGUGGUGCUGAGGAUCAAACCCGGAGCCUCGCACAUGCUAGCUCCACCUUCUCUUGGAGGAAUGUAGCUCUCCUGCUUCUUCUCCCUCUCUCUUUGGAGCAGACUUCUGCAUCGCAGUCCAACAAGAUCAAAGUGAAGCCUGGAGAGUGCCCCAGAGAGCGGCUCUUCUGUGACAUCAUGAUGCCGGAUUUAUGCAAAUCGGAUUUCCACUGCCCAGAUUACAUGAAGUGCUGCACUUUUGCCUGUGGGAAGAAGUGCAUGGAUCCAUAUGAAGAACCCUGCAUGCUACCCUUUAAAGGAGGAGACUGCAGGAUGAGACUGCAGCGUUGGUAUUAUGACUUUAAAAAACAUCAGUGUAGAACCUUUAUCUAUCAUGGCUGCCAAGGGAACGCCAACAACUUCCUCAGGCUGGAUGACUGCAAGAAGGCCUGCAUGUUAAUUGUCAAGAAAGGACAGUGCCCACUCUUCCCUUACACCUCUCGAAUGGAGUGUCCAAAGCCAUGUAAGAGUGACAUGGAUUGCCUUAUGACAGAAAAAUGCUGUGACUCCAGGUGUGGUUUUGUUUGUGCCAACCUCUGGCAAGUCAAACCAGGUUUUUGCCCACGUAUGCCUCAGAUGUGUAACAAGAUUAGUAAACCAAUGUGCCUGCAGGAUAGCGAUUGUCCAGAGGGAGAGAAGUGCUGUUCACGCUGUGGACUGAUGUGCUUGGCACCCCGGAAAUGAACACUGCUACUAGAAACGACUGCUGAAUUUUAUCAAAUACCUUUCAAGCAUCUGCUCAUAUAAUGACUGUUCUCUUCUAAUUUGUUAGCAUAACAACUUAUUGAAUUGUCAUAUGUUGAACCAUCUUGCAUUCUUAGAAUAACUUUAAUCAUAUUGCUAAUAUAUUUGCAUUCAUUUACUGUGGCUUUUUUGGCAAAGAGUUUGUUUAAAAUUUUCACUUCUGGUCAAAAUAAAAGUAAGUGUUCGUUUGUU